AUGGCCGAGUGGUCUAAGGCGCCAGACUCAAGUUCUGGUUCUCGUGAGAGAGCCUUGAAUCAUGGUUACUUUGGUAGCCAUGCUUAUGGUAUUGGGAUGCCAUAUUUGGGAGGUUCAUUAACUACUAACGCUCAUUCUCCUUUGGGUACAAGGAGUCCUUUGAGGCAAAAUGAUAGGUUAUCGCAUGCUCUUUCUAUGUUGAGAAGGGAAGCUGGAGAAAAUGGCGGCAUGAGAGAAGGCUAUAUGUUGCCAUCUUUGUUGGAAGAAUUUAAGAACAAGAAGACAUUACUUUUGGAGCUAUCAGAUAUUGUAGGUCAUGUUGUUGAGUUCAGUGCGGAUCAGUACGGCAGUCGUUUUAUCCAACAGAAACUUGAGACUGCCUCAGUUGAAGAAAAGAACAAAAUUUUCCCCGAGAUACUCCCUAAAGCUCAUUCUCUAAUGACUGAUGUGUUUGGGAACUAUGUCAUUCAGAAAUUCUUUGAGCAUGGUACAGAAAUUCAAAGAAAGCAACUUGCAAGUCAUCUUAAGGGCCAUGUUUUGCCUCUCAGUCUUCAAAUGUAUGGGUGUAGAGUAAUCCAGAAGGCGUUAGAAGUGGUUGAUGUUGCUCAAAAGACUGAAAUGGUACUAGAGCUUGAUGGACAUAUAAUGAAAUGUGUUCGUGAUCAGAAUGGAAACCAUGUAAUCCAGAAGUGUAUUGAAUGUGUUCCUCAGGAGAUGAUACAAUUCAUCAUUGAAUCUUUCUAUGGGCAUGUUCUAGCACUGUCUACCCAUCCAUAUGGAUGUCGGGUUAUACAGAGAGUGCUGGAGUACUGUAAUGAUCCAGAAACUCAAAGCAUUAUGAUGGAUGAGAUCAUGCAGUCUGUUUGCGAUUUGGCACAGGACCAAUAUGGGAAUUAUGUUAUCCAACAUGUUCUGAGGCAUGGGAAACCUGAAGAGCGUUCCGUCAUCAUUAGCAACCUUGCUGGACAGAUUGUUAAAAUGAGCCAACAGAAAUAUGCAUCUAAUGUCAUUGAGAAGUGCUUGGCUUAUGGCACUGCUGAGGAACGCCAACUCCUAAUAAGCGAGAUGCUUGGUUCGACAGAUGAAAAUGAACCUCUGCAGGCUAUGAUGAAAGACCAAUUUGGCAACUAUGUGGUACAAAAGGUUCUAGAGACAUGUGAUGAUCGAAAUCGUGAACACAUCCUUUCGCGCAUCAAGGUUCACUUGAAUCCCUUGAAGAAGUACACAUAUGGAAAGCAUAUAGUUGCCCGUGUUGAGAAGCUUAUUGCCACAGGAGAAAGGCACAUUGGAGUGUCGUCACGUUGAUCGUGAGAUCUCACGAGAAACUGCAGCGCGACUGUACAGAUAAUGAGGCUACUGCUCAACUCAUCUUUCUCAGUAUAAGAGAUGCUUCUGCGACCUGCUGAUGUAAAUAAAAGAUAGGCAUCUUAAAAUAAGAAUUUUCCAGAGCCUGUGUAUAUGUGCACUUGUAUUUAUUCAAGCAACAGAGAUAGAAACAUCAAUGCCCUAAAUGACGGUUAGGCUAGCAGAACCAGAGCCGAGGCGAUAUGUCUGGCCUUUAAAAUGAAUUAAUGCUAUAAGACUCCUGUAUAGUCGAUGUAGUAAUGCUGUCAGGGUGCUGUUCUAUCGCGAAGGUGCACGUGUUCCUUCGCCGACAAAUAUGUUGAUCAAAAGCCUUUGUAUUCGGCUUUGAAAUGUUUCCUGUGACAAAUUGCUGUUUUUAUGUAUGUCAGGGGUAACUAGAUUCA